UUGAUGCUCUUUUUUAUUCUUAAUAUUAUUGCGAUGUUUACUCAGCUAAUUUUGUUAGUAAUCCAAUAACAACGAAAUUUGUCGGACCGGUGUUUAUUAUCGAGCAAGUUAAAUAGUCAUGGACUUUCUGUGUUUUUGAACUGAUAAAUAUUAUGGUAGACCAAAGAGCAACAAAAUUUACAGAAAUCCAGAUUCCAGUACCAUGGGGUCAUGUAUGCGGUCGUUGGUAUGGUAAUCAAUCCAUUCCUCCACUCAUAGCCCUACAUGGUUGGCUCGACAAUUGUGGCACUUUUGCUAAGUUAGCACCUUUGAUCGCUGAGGCAGCGGGCAGUGUGCUUUGCAUCGAUUUGCCCGGACAUGGACAUUCCUCACAUCUACCUGUCGGUAUACUCUAUGAUAAUCUUGAGUUUGUACGAAUUCUAAUGCGUUUAAUGAAAGCAUAUAAUUGGACAAAAAUAUCGCUUAUGGGUCAUUCAAUGGGUGGUGCUAUAGGCUUCUACUUCGCUUCGUUGCAUCCCAGCAAAGUUGAUUUACUAAUAAGUAUUGAUGUCGUUUUGAGACGAUUUUUUAAACCAAAUUACGCCGUCGAGGCUCUUAAAUACACAAUGAGUAAAGCACUGCUUGAUAAUCAACGUCUGGUAGAUGCUACACCGUUGCAAGAACCACCAAGUUACACGUUUGCUGAAUGUGAACGUCUGCUCUACGAAGGUUCGGGUCGUUCGAUGUUACUGGAGAAUUGUAAAUAUAUUUUGGAACGAAAUCUGAGUCGAUCGAAAAAGUUUCCACAGAAAUAUUACUUCUCACGCGAUACACGUCUCAAGUAUCUAAUCGACUUAAAUCCCGAGGAAGUAUUAUCUAAAGCUAUGGCCAAGCGUAUAUCUGACGCUGAGAUCCCCUUUAUGGUUAUUAGAGGCGGCGCGUCAACGAAUAUUGACUCCGCGUCCAAGGAGCUGAUACGUUUUCUCAGUGAGCAUAAUAAAAAUUUCGAAACGCAUUUAAUUGCCGACGGCACACAUCACUUCCACUUGGAUCAGCCGGUAGUUGUGGCGAAUAUGAUUAUACCAUUUUUGAAACGUUAUCGUCCACUGACUGUACUAGAAGCUCAGCAGCAGCAGCAGCAGCAGCUGGUGGGCAUUAAAGGUGAGUUGCUGCCAAAGGGCAAAUUGUGAACUUGAAAUUUCGUGAACUUAAAGUGUAAUUAAUGUUUGUAUUUUGUUGACGUCGUAAAAAUAAAUAAAUAUUAGUUUAGCCUUA